UUCCGGAUCCCACUUAUCGACCUGAGUCGGUUCACGGAAGCCAAGUCGAAUGACGAGAAGAAGAAAACAGCCCAGGACAUAGUAGACGGUUUCAGAGAAGUCGGAUUCAUAUACCUGGACCGGCACGGGAUUCCAGAGUGGCAGGUCAAAAAUGCAUUCGACAAGAGUGCGCAAUUCUUUAAUAUGCCUCAGGACGUCAAGGACAAGCUGGCAUGGGAGGAUCCUCGGUCCAACCGUGGAUAUGUCCGCGUGGGCCGCGAACGAGUAACCCAGGUACAAGACCCCGCCGAGAUCGCAGCUCUUCGAGCCAAGGCGCCAGACACCAAGGAGAGCAUGGAAAUCGGACGGGACUGGGAUCCUACCUGGAGGAACAUGUGGCCGCAGGAGACGGAUGCACCAGGAUUCAAACAGACCAUGCUGGACUUCUUCAGGACAUGCCAUGACUUGCAUACGGUCGUGAUGCGCGCGAUUGCACUCGGCCUUGACCUGGACGAGGCAUUCUUCCAGGAUAAGAUUGAUGGACAGUGGCAUAACCUCCGGCUUCUGAACUAUCCUCCUGUUCGAAGAUCGCUGCUCAAGCGAGAAGGCCAAGCCCGAGCCGGUGCUCAUUCAGACUAUGGAACUUUGACUCUAUUGUUCCAGGAUUCGGUGGGCGGUCUUGAAGUGCAGAAUCCUCACACGAAACAAUACCAGCCCGCGCCGCCCAUUCCUGGCACGAUCGUAGUGAACGCAGGGGACCUUCUCGCCCGCUGGAGCAACGACGUCCUCCGCUCUACCCUCCACCGAGUAGUCGCUCCUCCAGCGAAGAAAGUGAGCGAGACCGAGAGUAUCACUCCCGCCCGCCAGUCCAUCGCUUUCUUUUGCAACCCCAACUUUGACGCCACUAUCUCGUGUUUACCGAACUGUGGGAAGGAAGCCAAGUAUGAGCCUGUAACGACGGAGCAGUACAUUGUCAGGAGGCUGGGGGAGACCUAUGCUUGA